UCAUGCGCCAGCGUGGUGCCACGUCACCUUUACGAGACUCGCGCGAUUUGUUUUGGUAUGAAACUUUCUGCGUGAACGUGUAACCGACAGCAUUUAUUAUUAUCAUCAUUAUUAUUACACUGCACUCAUUAUUUCUGGAUCCCGGCAGCGAUGUUGUCUCCGGAUGUUUUCGCGGCUUUUCCCGGACAGAUGUGGGAGAAGGUGCUGGCGAAGGUGAAGAGAGCGCUGGUGUUUCUGGACGACGCGUGCGCGGAGAGCCUGCACUGGAGCGGAGGGGCGGCUCUCCUGCUCGAGGCUGGCGCACGCAACGUCAAGCGCUUCUCCAGCUUCGAGGCUGGAGCGGAAAACGAGCCGAAAGCCGUGUUUGUGGUGAGCACGCUGCUGAAAGGCAGGACGGCGGAUAUCAUUAAGGACGUGGUGUCUCUCAGCCACUUCCGGUACUGCGUGGUGUGUACGGCGGUGCCCCACUCUGUGCACCUGCUGGCUGAUGGAGGAGGCUCCGCCCCUGAGAAUGACGUCACUGUGGUGUUCAGACGCUUCCAGGAGAAGCUGAGCGGCUGGAUGGGUGAUGCUGAGUACACAGCCGAAGUCAUUUAUGCCCCGGUGCUCCUCGCCAGGGUGACCUCUCAGCUCCUGAUCGCACCCGGCUUUGCUGAUCUCUUCCCUCUCCUAGACUCGGAUCUCGCCUCCAUCAACCUCAAGCGCCCGGAGAAGCGCCGGUUCCCGAGUCUCGCCGACCUGGACGUGAAUUCUCUCCCCAACGAGCUGCAGCUUAAGAUCAGAACGCUGGUCUCGGCUCUGAACGCACUCUUCGAGGUGUCAAACACACGGGAGGAGAGCUUCACCGUGGGCCCCAUGAGUCGCCUGAUAGCCUCCGAGCUGGCCAACCAUCCGCAGGCUAAAAACCGGAGGAAGGCUGUCUCCGCACAUAAAGCCUCGCUGGUGUUCGUCGACAGAACUCUUGAUCUGACAGGAGCUGUCGGACAUCACGGCGACAACCUGGUGGAGAAGAUAUUGUCUGUUUUACCUUCGUUGUUGGGGCAUGUGACUGAUGUACAAGUAGACAUGCUGGAGCUGACGAGUCUUCAGUGCACGCCCGAGGCACAGGGGGUCCUGGCACCUGGCUGUCUGGGACAGACUCAGUCUGCUGCAGCGCGGUCGCUAUGGGAGACGAUGCUCGUCGCUAAGCAGAAGGAGGCAGUCAUGGAGGUGAGGAGGCAGCUUGUGGAGGCAGCCAGCAAGGAGAACCUGCCAAUCAAAAUGAGUCUGGGCCGCGUGACAGGGGAGCAGCUCUCCUCGUAUGUGCAGUUGUUUCGGGACAAUUGGCCGGCGGUAGAGAAUCACUGCGGGCUUUUACAGCUGGCACUGGGCACUGCUCAGACGCUGCGCCACCCAUGCCUGGCCCAGUGGGACGCCUGCCUUGCCUUUGAGAGACUCCUCCUUCAAGCACUGGGAGAGUCUGAACUUGCGGAUGUCCUGAAGCAGUUUCUUCCACUCACGAAGUCCGGAGGUGGUUCGGUUUCAGGUUCGGCUGAUUUCAGCGUGGACCAGCUGCUGCUGCUGUUGGUGUACGUGUACUCUCUGGCUCAGGAGACGCAAGCGAGUGGAACACAGGACGAGGAGAAGGUGGAGAGAGAGAUCAUCGGGGCGCUGACACUUUUACUCACCCAGCAGACCACACUGAGUCCACUGGUGCAGGGUUUUACAGGAGUCUCCAGCCCGGAGGAACUGACGUCGGAGCGAGCACAUACAGCAGUGGAGAGCGUGUUCGAGACAUUGCGCGGCCUGGGCCGAGCCCGAGAUCACCUGAAGCAGCUGCGCUCAGUGUACAGAGCAAGCGAUGGUGCUCACCAGGCGACUUAUCGUCCCUUCGUAAAGCAGGUUCUGGAGGAAAUCUUCAACCCAAGCCGACCUGAGUGCCCAGACAUUGAGCACGCUUCUGGAGGACUUACUGACCUGCUCAAGACGGGUUUCAGCAUGUUUAUGAAGGUUAAUCGGCCCCAUCCAAGUGAUCAUCCACUGCUGAUUCUUUUUAUGGUGGGUGGAGUCACUGCAUCGGAGCUCCGCCUUAUCCGUGAGGUUGUCGCCACCCAUAAAGCAGGGACACAGGUUUUGGUGAUCUCGACAAGACUACUGAGGCCAGCUGAUAUUCCACACCUGCUAUUCAGCACUGACAGACUCUCACCUGAUAUAGGAGUGUGAGAAGGGAAUGCAGACCACACACACAGAGUGAAGCAUGCCUAUUCUCAAAAAGAAGAGACACUAUUUUGUAUUUACCAUAGACAGACACACAAAUGCUAGACAUCAAGGCUAAGGACAGUUAUUACAGUGUACACUGUUUGCACAAUUCAUAAAUGGUUGUAUUUUGAAAUAAUAACUGUGUAUUGUGUGAGAGACGGAGACUUGAAGUGUGGAUGGACUUGGUGUUCAUGGUGCAUUAACCAAGUUUGUGACUGUUAUAUGACCAAAAAAAAAGUUGAGAAGAUAUUUAAGAUCAAAUACUUUAUUUCAAAUCACAAAACAAUAAAUAAGAUCAAUCUUUUGCCCUGGG